AUGGUACAAAGUAUCGCUCAGAAAUGUAUACUUAACCAAAAUACUGCUCAAAAAUUCCGGCGUAUGCAAAUUAUACGUCCAGUUCUGGGAGUGACAAUAAUAGUUACAGCAGUUUGCGGGGGUAUUGAAAAUCAACUUCAGGUAGAAGAAGAAGAAAUACCUCCAGUUUUCUUAAACAUGCUAAGAAAUAAUUGUCUGAACAAGAUGGUACUUUCAACCAAUAAAUACGGUACUCAGUGCUCAUAA